AUGGGUGGUGUCACCGUUCGCGAUGUCGACGCGCAGAAGUUCAUCGCUGCCUACUCUGCGUUCUUGAAGCGUCAGGGAAAGCUCCCCAUUCCUGGAUGGGUUGACACUGUCAAGACCUCCGCUUCCAACGAGCUCCCUCCCCAGGAUGCCGACUGGUACUACGUCCGCGCUGCUGCCGUCGCCCGUCACAUCUACAUGCGCAAGACCGUCGGUGUUGGCCGCCUCCGCAAGGUCCACGGUUCCGUCAAGAACCGCGGUUCCCGCCCCAACCACCACGUCGAUGCCUCCGGCUCCGUCGACCGCAAGAUCCUCCAGUCCCUCGAGAAGAUCGGUGUCCUCGAGACCGAUGAGGAGAAGGGUGGCCGCCGCAUCACCCAGAGCGGCCAGCGUGAUCUUGACCGUAUCGCCAAGACCACCGUUGACGAGGAGGAGGACGACGAGUAA